AUGAAUUCCAUUCGCCAGGUCCAGGCGCUCAAUAAGCGCGAGCUCGAGCACGCGAUACCCCCAGAGGCAUCAUGGCAUGCAGACUAUCGAGAUACAGCAUAUAUCUAUAUCGGAGGACUCCCGUUUGAUCUAUCUGAAGGUGAUAUCAUCACCAUCUUCUCCCAGUAUGGAGAGCCGGUCCAUGUCAACCUGGUUCGCGACAAGGAAACCGGCAAGAGCAAGGGAUUUGCCUUUCUGAAAUACGAGGAUCAGCGAAGCACCGAUCUCGCCGUCGACAACCUUGGUGGUGCGACUGUCAUGGGGCGUUUGCUUCGGGUGGAUCAUGCGCGCUACAAGAGAAAGGAUGACGAGGAAGAGGAGGACAAUGUCGCCAAGUUGAUGGGAGAGUCAGCUAUCAGUGAGACCAGAAAGGGGAAAGAGAUUGGCCAGAUAAAAGACACCGAGCGAGAAGAGAGACGACCAAUGCUAAAAGAGGAAAAAGAGCUGGAGGAACUGAUUCGGAACCACGAUGAGGAAGAUCCGAUGAAGGAGUUCCUCGUUGAGGAGAAGAAAGAAGAAGUCGCGCGUGCGAUCGAGCUGUGGAACAGCACCAAGAAAUCGUCCCGGCGACGCGGCGAUAGCAGAGAACGAUCCAGCCGACACCAUCGUCGACACCGCUCCCGCUCACCUCGCGAACGAAGACAUCGAGAUGAUCGUUCGCCGGAUAGAGAGAGACGAUCUCGCUACAGGUCAUCUGAAAGGGGAGAAAAAUCGAGACGAGAUCGGUCACCUAAAAGAUCCCGCUCGCCUGAGUCUCGGAGACAUCGAAGUGAUCGGGAUAGGCAUGAUCGCCGCCGUUGA